AUGGGCUUCCUAAACUGGGCAGCUGGCCGGCAGGUUUCUGUAUUGUCACAAUACUAUUUAUUUUCUAGGGUUGAGAAGUACGGUCCAGUGGUACGCUUUAAUUCGUUACACAGUACAUUUGUCAUUGUUGUCAGUCCAGAAGGGGUUAAGGAAUUCUUGAUGUCACCAAAAUACACCAAAGAUAAUGACUAUGAACGUGUUAAAACUUUGUUUGGAGCAAGGUUCCUGGGGAAGGGUUUAUUGACAGAUCGAGACUAUGACCACUGGCACAAACAGAGGAGGAGGAUGGAUCCAGCAUUCAGCAGAACCUAUCUGAUCGGAUUAAUGGGAACGUUCAAUGAAACAGCAGAAGACCUGAUGGACAUACUGGGAGAUAAUGCAGAUGGAAAAUGUCAGGUCGGGAUGCACGAUUUGCUGAGUAGGGUCACACUGGACGUCAUAGCCAAGGUUGCUUUUGGGAUGGAGCUGAACUCCCUUCACGAUGAUCAGACGCCAUUCACCAGAGCCAUCACAAAUGUAAUGAGAGGAAUGGUUGAGACACGGAAUCCUUUACUGCAGUAUAUGCCAGGAAAGCAGGCCUUUAUCAGAGAAGUCAAAGAGAGUGUCAAACUCCUCAGGGAAACCGGACGAGAAUGUAUUUUACAAAGAUGGAAGGCGAUUCAGGAUGGAGAAGACAUUCCUAUGGAUAUCCUCACACAGAUCCUUAAAGGAGCCGAGAUAGAAGACGGCUGCAGUCUAGAGGAUUUAAUAGAUAAUUUUGUCACAUUCUUUGCUGCAGGUCAGGAAACAACGGCCAACCAGUUAUCCUUCGCUGUGAUGGAAUUAGCACGAAACUCGGAGAUCCUGACAAGAGUCCAGACUGAAGUGGAUGAAGUUCUUGGCUCCAAAAGAGACAUUGAAUAUGAAGAUCUUGGAAAACUACAAUAUCUGUCCCAGGUCUUAAAGGAAACCUUGAGGUUGUACCCAAUAGCCCCAGGGACAUCAAGAGCCCUAGGGAAAGAAAUGGUCAUCGAAGGGGUGAGGAUUCCUCCUGGAGCAACUCUUAUGUUAAAUUCUUACAUCAUGGGUCGGAUGGAGAAAUAUUAUCAAGAUCCCUUGGUCUUCAAUCCUGACAGAUUUCACCCUGAUGCUCCCAAGCCUAGCUAUGCCUACUUUCCAUUUUCUCUUGGACCACGAUCAUGUAUUGGGCAAGUAUUUGCUCAGAUGGAGGCCAAGGUCAUCAUGGCCAAGCUCCUGCAGAGAUUUGAGUUUGAGCUGGUGGAAGGACAGAACUUCAGGAUCUUGGACUCCGGGACCCUGCGUCCUAUGGAUGGUGUGAUCUGCAGACUGAGACCCCGAGCAGAGCACAAAUCCAGAAAAUAAUAAUAAAGUAAUCAAUAAUGAAGACAUCAGA